CCUUGGGUCACUCAAUCGUGACAUUUCGUGUGUUCGGUGGUGCUUCUCUCGCCUCUCUUGAACGCAAACAGCCUCCUCUGUGCACGCGAUGAGUACCCAGGUGAGAAAGAGCACUGAGAGAGACCUGCACGUCGCAGCAGACCUCACGUCAGCUCUACGCUCGUGACACUGUUCUGUUCAUUCAGCCUGUCGUCUGCUGCGAAGGGGAGGGCUCUGACGUCCCCACCCACUGCCCUACAACAGUCACCAAGGCAAGAAGGAGCACAUCACCAUGUGUGGAUCUGACCGAUGCUCGCUGCUCGAGCUCUCUGAAUCAGUGAGUGCCCCUGUGUGUUGAUGUGUGCAGGAUUUCGACCUCAUAGGUGCUGUGGAGACGCAGGAGAAGCUGCACGACCUGGUGGUCAAUGGCAAGUACCGCUCGGUCAUCAAUCUGUGUGGGUAAGUAAGGUGCACUGCACUCGGCGCCUUCUCGCAAGGUGUGGGACAAACAAGUGGGGCGUAUCUAUCUCUUGUUGUCGGCUUCCAUGCAGGCCCGCUGAGGUGUGUCGGUUGCCGACUGACAAAAAGUGCAAAGUGCCAUGCGUCCAGGCGCAUGGUGAGGGAGGGAGCAGGGAGGGAGCCUCAGGGGGGAAUGGUGGCAGAGAAAAGGCUGGUGUGUGUGAAUGCAGUGGACAAGGGGAAGCUGUCAUACGCCUUGGCUGCGCGCCUGCUCGCCACCCUGGAGAGCGCCCCUCUCCCCACACUCAUCCAGGUCACCUCACCACCCACAUGAGCACACUUUGCCCCUGUGAGAUGCUGCAUUCCACCUGUGUUUCUGUGUGUGGCCGGUGCAGUGCCAGUCGAAGUGGCGGGCGUCCUCCGUGGCCAUGUUGCACAUCGCCACCCAUCCCCCCGAUGCGGCCGAACAGCACCACGGGCCAGGCAGCCGCGACCAGUGGAUGGCGCCCGACGAGGCCAUCGAGUGGGCCAAGGAGAAGGGCCUGCCCUUCCUCGAGAACCAGAUACUGGUUGACUGGGUCAAGGUCCGUCAUGAUUGCUUGACUCGGGAAGCUUCAUUUGGUGCCUGGCGAUGUUUCGGUGUAUCAGAAUUUUCUGGUCGCCCGUUGCCAGAACCUGGCACGUGAAGAUCCGAAUCUCUUCUUCCGACAGGUUGGUGCACCACACACACCGGUGCUGCGCCGCUCUCUCUCUGCACACACGCCUUGCCUUCGCGCAGUUGUUUGACCGUGAGUCGUGCACUUACACGUACCUGCUGGCCGACCCCAAGACGCGCGACGCCGUCCUGAUCGAUCCGGUGCUAGAGUGCCUGGACCGUGACCUGGAGAUGAUCGACGAGUAUGGGCUGGUGCUCAAGUACGCCAUGAACACCCACUGCCACGCCGACCACAUCACUUCCACAGGCAUGAUGAAGACAAAACUGGACGGUCAGACACACGCACAGAGAAAGAGAGAGAGAGAGGGAGAGGGAGGGAGGGACGCUUGUAUGCUGCGUUCAGGUUUCUGUUCGGUGUUGAGUGCCACGUAUGAGGGCGCCAAGGCCGACGUCAAGGUCAAGCACGGCGACUGCAUCUACUUCGGCGACCGCUUCGUCGAAGUGAGGGCCACACCGGGGCACACCGGUGGGCUGGACGAGAGGAAUGAAUGCAACACAUACAUGCCGAACCCAGAUGGAUGAAUGGAUGGAUGGCGCGUGUGUGGUGUGUGUGGUGUGUGCAGGCGGCUGCCUGACGUUCGUCCUGGACGACCACAGCAUGGCCUUCACAGGCGACGCGCUGCUCAUCCGCGGCUGCGGCCGCACCGACUUCCAGGUGGGAUGCCCCCUCGCCCUGCACCGCACCGUCUUCUUUCCAUGUCGUUCGUUUGUUGUCGUUUGGUUUGCAGAGUGGCGAUGCCGCCCUGCUGUACAAGAGUGUGUGGGGGCAGAUCUUCAGCCUCCCCGCACACUGCAGACUCUACCCCGGACACGACUACAAGGUCAACAAGACAAUGUGUGUGUGGGAUGGAUGGAUGGAUGGAUUUGCCUGGUGAGUGCAGGGUCGUCAGGUGACGACGGUGUGGGAGGAGCGGCUGCACAACACGCGUCUCAUCAAGGGGGAGGACGAGUUCGUCAACAUCAUGAAAAACCUCAAUCUGCCUAAACCUGCCAGAAUCGAUGUGGUAGGUGUGGCUGGCAUCUACCCCCCAUCCAGCAAUCAAUGUGAACCAGAAUGCGUGUGUGUGUGUGUGUGUGCGUCAGGCUGUUCCCGCAAACAUGAAAUGUGGCGUGCAAGACGACGAGUGAAGCCACACACAGACGCUGUGGAGCGCUGCGUUGCCGUUUUCUUUAUUUUUGGGGUUUUGCGCCGUAUGCUGUUUUUCUUUUUCGGCGUGUUGGUCGGGCCGGGUGAGGUCGUGUGGAAAGCUCUGUUUGUCGAUUACUCGGAUGAAUGAGAUGUAACGCUGCUGUGCGUGGG